UUCUAUGUACUCUGUGCGCUCAACAGUCUAACACUCAAUCUAGUCCCGACCCUGAUAGAUCGUCUCUCCCUCGUCCGCAAAUCAAUCAUGUCUGCAGCAAAGCCCGGCAAGGCCUUGGUCCAGGCCGACGCGGGGGCCUACUUGGCCUGGUCCGGCGCGGACCAGCCGCCCGUUGCGGCCCAAGGGCUGGGCUGCGGCCUGCUGGUGCUGAAGCCCCUGGGCUUCGCGAUGCCGCACUACGCCGACUCCAACAAGUUCGGCUACGUCCUGGCCGGCCGCGGCGUCGCCGGGGUCCUCCCGGCCCCCGCCGGGCUGCACGCCGGCGCGGCAUCCGGCGGGGAGAAGGUCGUCCGGCUCACUGCCGGCGACGUCAUCGCCGUGCGCACGGGCGACGUCUCCUGGUGGUACAACGACGACGACGCCGCCGCCGCCGCCGACUUGUCCGUCGUGUUCUUGUGCGACACGGCGAGUGCUGUCAGUCCCGGCGACGUCUCCUACUUCUUCCUCGCCGGCGCGAACAGCGUCAUGGCCGGCUUCGAUGCCGCCGGGGCGUUCACGAGCCAGCCGGCCGUGCUCCUCACGAAGCUGAGCCAGAAGCUGGCCGGCGUGUGCCCCAGGGAGCACGACAGGAAAGGGCUCGUGGUGAACGCCGAUGAUGAAGUCCGCGUUGACCGGACCGGGCUGAAGACUUUGACCGCGGCGGAGCUGGCGGCGCUGGGAGGCCUCGGGAUUAGCGCCGUGCUUGGGCGGCUCGACGCCGGAGAUGCGCGCGCGCCGUGGGUGGUCCGGGAAGGCGCGGCGCAGGCGGUGUACGUGGCCCGAGGGAGCGCUCGCGUCCAGGUGUCGGCGGCCGCUGGCGGCAAGGCGUUGCUGGUGGACGAGGUUGUCCCGGCGGGGAGCAUGUUCGUGGUGCCGCGAUUCGCUGUUGCGUGCGUCGCCGCUGCCGGAGCCGAGGGCGUGGAGUGGGUGUCGCUGGUCAAGAGCGGCAGGCCGGUGGUGGAGGAGCUGAUGGCCGGGGACGGGUCGUCAUCGGUGUUGGGCGCCCUGACGGCGCAGGUGGUGCAGGUGUCGCUGAACGUCGCGCCGGAGCUGGUCGAGCUGCUCGUCGGGUCCAACACCGAAUAAUCAGGCCGCCGUGCCGUUGAACUGAGAAGCGAACGGCUUGCCGCGGCGCACGAAUGGGGGGAAUCAGAGCGUUUACUUUCUGUUUGAGUGUGUGUCUUUUUUUUUAAUUUGAAACUAGCGGCGCACGAAUGGGGGGAAUCAGAAUUAUCUAAUGAAAUAAUAUUCUUAUGUUUUUAUUUUUAUUUUCUCAUAUAUUUUUUAUAUGCAAUUUAAAUGUAUUGUAUUUGGAAUUAUUCAAUGAUUUUUUGAAA